AUGAGACGUUCGAACUCCUCCUUACAACGCCAAUGGGCACAGAAGUUGGUGGAGAGAGCAGGCGUCACAAUUCCGGAGGAGGGCUGUGGNAUUGGGGAAAUUGAGCGAUUUCAACGGUACCUUGUCGGGGAGGGAUUAGCUAUAAUUGUUUACGCCUCGUCUACUUUCGCGAAAGGCNGAAAACCGUUGUACGACGGUGGUGCGUUGCUCGCCUCUCUCGGAAGCGAAUCCUUGCUACGUUUAAAUAUUCUUUAUUGCGAGGGUUCGCGUCACUAUUGCCCGAUUUUAAAUUUAAGAGUGGCGGCAGGGAGCAAGGGAUAUUGCAUUCCUUGCAACCUGCUUUAUCGUCCCGAACGAGGAGUUCAUCGAUGCUCGCAUAAAUGUCCGCGUUGUCGCGGUGUGCCGUUGUGCGAAACAGAAGAAAUAGAAUUAAUUCGAUGCAAGCAAUGUAAAAGAAUGUUUUACGGGCGCGAAUGUUUCGAGCGUCACCGAGCCGAAAAAUCGUACGGAGACGGUCGCGUGAGCGUGUGCAGCGCGUUGCAAUUUUGUGACGAUUGCGGGCGUUUGUACAGAACAGCGGGUGCGAGGCACGAAUGCAGCGUCGUGUUUUGUAACAUUUGCAGUUCGCAUCAAGAUGUAAACCAUCUUUGUUAUAUUCGACCUCUUGCACGCGAGGAUUUCACCGGCAAAGGGAAAAACGCGCGCGUCGCAUUCGUGUUCUACGAUUUUGAGACCCGACAGGAUGAGACGUUCAAAGGUACAGCGUCUGUGAAAAUUCACGUGCUCACUCUUUGCGUCGCACAGCAGAUUUGCGUCGCGUGUGCGGGCAAAGACGACAUGACGAUACGUUGCCGGUGGUGCGGUGUGCGCGAAUUCGUGUUCCGCGAUGAUCCGGUGAGGCAAUUCGUCGAUUUCGUUACAAGAACGACGAAAUGUUUCAAGCAGAUUAUCUGCAUUGUGCACAACGCCAAGGCGUUUGACGCGCAGUUCAUCCUUCGUUACAUCACGGAAAAACGUGUCGAUUUGGAUCUACGAGUAAUAUUAAACGGGACGAAGAUCGUCGUAUUAACGGCCGGGCGUACGAAACUUAUUGACAGUAUCAACUAUAUGCCAAUGCGUUUGUCAGUUCUGCCGAAGGCUUCCGGUUUGCGGGGUGGGGUGGAAAAGGGAUAUUUUCCGCAUUUAUUUAACACACUCGCGAAUCAGUCGUACGUCGGUCCGUUACCAGCCGUUGAAUAUUACUCNCCGGAUAGUAUGUCUAGCGAAGAACGCGAACGUUUUUUGUCGUGGCACGCGGAACAGAUGCGCGAAAACGCAGUUUUUGACUUUCAACGCGAGAUAGUUUGUUAUUGUCGUAACGACGUUGAUAUUUUGCGGCGAGCGUGCAUGGCCUUCCGCAAGAUAUUUUUCGAGAGCGGAAACGUAUGUCCGUUUGAAGAAUGCACGACCAUCGCUUCCACAUGUAUGCGCGUUUUCCGCAAAAACUUUUUACGUGAGGGAGAGAUCGGCGUCAUUCCUUGCGGAUAUCGCCUCGCGGAUACGCAAUCCCGCAAAGCUCUGCAGUGGCUGGUGUGGAAAGAGCGCGAGCUCGGCCACAUCAUUGUUCACGCGGGUCACGGGCGAGAACAUUGUCUCGCGGAAGUCGGAGGCACCGUCGACGGGUAUUACGAGACGGCGAACGGUGAGCGUCACGUGUUGCAAUACCACGGCUACUUUUGGCACGGAUGUCCCGUGUGUUUUAAAACGGAACGCGACAAACGUCUCUGCACGGGAGAACGCGAAGUGUACGACACGAUGAACUCGCGAUACGAGCGUACACUGACAACGUCAUGGCGUCUUCGCAAACAAGGGUACAUCGUGACGGAGAAAUGGGAGUGCGCUUUUGAUCGCGAUACGCGGGAAAAUCGCGAAAUGCGAGCGUUUUUAGACCAACAUCCGAUGCUCGCGGUUGAACCGCUUUCACCGCGUGACGCGUUUUUCGGCGGUCAAACGGGAAACAUCGCGAUUUGGCGCGAAGUUACGGGUACGGAGAAAAUACGUUACGUAUUAGACGUGUGUUCUCUAUACCCUUACGUGUUGAAAACGGGCGCUUUCCCGAUUGGACAUCCGAAAAUUCUUGUCGGACAAAAAGAGUGCUCCUCGCUCAUCGGAGCGAUGCCCGGUGUCGAUUUUUUCGCGGUCGAGGGGCUUGUGCGUUGUAGAGUGCUUCCUCCGCGCAAUCUCUUUCACCCUGUACUCCCGUACCGCGUGCAGAGCAAACUACUGUUUGCCUUGUGCCGCAGUUGCUGCGAAAACUUCUCGCAGACACAGUGCUCGCACGAAAAUCCGCGCGAUCGUGAAUUCGAAGGCGUGUGGGUAUUGUGUGCAUUACGCAAAGCUGUGGAGAAGGGUUAUCUCGUGACUGCAGUGAGCGAGAUAUGGCAAUACGAGACGAGCCAAUACGACGUUGAUACGCGUCAGGGGGGAUUAUUUGCCGAAUACAUAAACUGUUUUCUCAAAUUGAAGCAAGAGGCGAGCGGAUGGCCGAGCGAAUGCGUGGACGACCAAUCUAAAGAACGAUAUCUUCGAGAAUACGAAGCAGUCGAGGGUAUCGCUUUAGAUAGAGCAAACAUUGCGCAAAAUCCGGGUUUACGCUCGGUCGCAAAGCUGUGCCUUAAUUCGUUUUGGGGAAAAUUCGGGCAACGAUCGAACUUGACGAGUACCGAGGUGGUAAAGUCGCAGGAACGUCUCGUAUCGCUAUUGUCGAGCCCCGAGCACGAGGUAACCGAUAUAUUACCUGUGAAUGACGAGGUAAUAUAUGUUUCGUGGCGAAUGCGGGACGAGGCGGUCGUACUCUCUCCGAUUACCAACGUGAUAAUAGCGGCGUACACGACGGCACAGGCGCGAUUAAAACUGUACGAAUAUUUAGAACGUUUAGGCGAGCGCGUUCUUCAUUACGAUACAGAUUCGUGUAUUUAUGUGAGCAGCGGAGAACCCGGUGAAUACAAACCGCGUACGGGAAAUUUCCUGGGCGAUAUAACGGACGAGCUCGAAGGCUACGGCCGUGGUAGUUACAUCGAGUUGUUUGUAUCCGGUGGCCCGAAAUUUUACGCGUACGUAGUUCGUACUCCGGACGGUGGCGCGCGGGAAGUGUGUAAAAUCAAGGGAAUAACUCUCAAUUCCGCAACCUCCCGCAUAAUUAAUUUCAAUAACGUUAGGGAAAUGUUAAUGAGAAGAGAGAGAAAAGAAGAAAAUGUGUCGAUAAAUCUGCAUUUUAGAGCGAUUCGUCGCACCGCAUUUCACGAGGUUGUGACGCGGGACGAAUCAAAAAUCUGCUCGCCGGUUUUGCUGAAGCGUAGAUUUAUCGACGAGCGACGCUCCGUUCCAUACGGCUACUUAGAAUAA